AUGACUAUCAGUAUUAGAGAUCGCAAACUCUUAUCCAAUGCCUGUACUAAACAAAUCGAAAACUGUUUGCCGGGAUAUUUGCUUUUCAAUGAUGGCUGCAUAGAGUCGUGUCCGGAGGGAUACUUUAUGGUCGAAAAGAGCGCUAAACUCGAUGAACAAAGCAAUACUUCUGUGGUCUGCAAUCGGUGUCACUAUUCGUGUAAACAUUGUUUUGGUUCCAAUGACAACGAAUGCAGUCAAUGCUUCUCAGACGCCACUCUUCACCGAAACGGUCACUGUUUUGCCAAAGAGUUGGUCCAAGAAGUGAUGGCUCUGGAGAAGUGGUACACAGCGGUGGCCGUUGUUUUCCUGUGUCUUUGUUUUGUGAUCUUGACUUUAGUUGUUUACAUAAUCACCGACAAGAAUGCCAAUAUUCUGUGCUGUUUGACACCCAGUGCUCACAGAACUCCGGUCUACGAUGGCUUACCUCUCAAAUCUCACCACUCGGUUGUCUUGAGCACCGAUCCAUUGAAAGGCAAACGCAAUAAAUAUCAGAUCGAAGACAUCAGUGAAGAAGACUUAUAGAAGAGUUGUCUUUAAAAUACUUAUUCUAUACUUAAACGGACAUCAAUUCAAUUCAAUUAUACCUGAUUUU